CGUCUUCCGUCUUGCAGCUCGAGUCAAGACGGCCUCGACCUGGUCUUGACGGGACCGCCCUCGCUCUAUAAGGCGUAUCAUCGACUGACAGAUUGUCAAUUUCCGUCCCCUCAGACCCGCAUAGACAUCCUCUCACAACUUCAAAGCCGCUCAGCUUAUCAGAGAUAUAUCGCAACCUCAACGAUGGAGAUUCCAAGCACUCUGGUAGAAGAGUUCCAGCAACAGAACGCGCUCCGGCGGGACAUCUGCGUCAUCGGCGCCGGUCCGGCAGGCCUCGCCGCGGUGAAGAUCAUCAAGGAUUCCCCUCAAUACAAGGCAGGGCUAUGGACAGUCACUGCGUUUGAGGCGCGAAACCGCGUUGGCGGAAUAUGGCUGCCGGCGCCGGCGACGGAUGAUCCACCGCUGACGCCCCUAUACGACUCGCUAACGACCAACCUGCCUCACCCAGUCAUGGCGUAUCCGUCCUUCUCAUUCCCACCGGGAACAGCUCUAUUCCCGCCCGCGUCGACCGUGCUCACCUAUCUUGAGGCCUACACCGCCCACUUCGAACUCGCGCCGCACAUCCGUCUCAAUACCUCGAUCAUUUCCACUUCGCGGGACGGCAUCGCCGGCAAAUGGACCGUCACUACCGCCCACUCGAGCACGCAAACGUCCGAGACACAUGCAUUCGAUCACCUCAUCGUCGCGAACGGACAUUACAGAACCCCGCGCCUGCCGGACACGCCCAGGCUCACAGGCUGGCUCGACGCUCAUAAAGCGUUCCACGCCGUGCGCUACCGCAACCCGUCCGACUUCGGCGAUGCACGCACCGUGCUGGUGGUCGGUGCCGGUCCGAGCGGCCAGGACCUCGUCACGGACCUGCUCGUGUCGGGCCGCACGGUCGUGCACUCGUCCACAGGCGCUGUGCGCGAGGACAUGCGCGACGGCCGCCUGAGGGUGCGCGGCCGCGUCGCGCAGUAUCUUGACCCUUCUGCGGGGCGGGUGUUGCUCGAGGACGGGACGGAGGAGGCGGGCAUCGACUGUGCUGUUCUCGCUACCGGGUACAAGGUCGAGUUUCCCUUCCUCCCUGCUGACAUUGUUUGCCCGACACUGCCUCCGUCUGUGCCACCGCUUCCACAAUCAUUGUACAAUUCGACGUACCACGUGUUCCCGCUCGCGCGCCACAUAUUCCCCUUGGUCGAUGCAAACACACUCCCGCCUUCGAGCAUCGCGUUCAUUGGGCUGCCGGUACGCGUCGCCCCGCUCCCGCUGCUCGAGGCCCAGGUUCGGGCGGUGCUGCAUGUGUUCGCACACCCAGAGAGCCUGGACCCCACGCAAGAGGCCAUCGACAUCGUCGCCCGCUACGAGACGCUCCUUUCCCAAGCCACCGUGCGCCGAUCCACAACCGGGCCUUCCGCAUCCAGUCCCCAAGGAAAGUCAGCCGAAGCCGCGGCGGACGACCAGGACCAGCCAGACGAGGCGAUCAAAGGUGACCCCGUCGAGCUCGCGAUUGCGCGCGCCUGGCACCGCUUCGACGGCCACGAGCAGUUCGCGUACCGCGACGUGCUGCACGCGUUCGCCGAGCACCCGCUGCGCGUCCCGGCGUGGGAGAUCGAGAUGUACGACGCGAAGGGCGUGCUGCGCGAGGAAUGGCGCGACCUCGAGCGUGCGGGGCUUGCGGACGAGUGGGUGCGCGGGGUGGGCCAAUCCGGAGGAGAGAAGGGCACAGAGGAGUGGGUAGAGCUGAUGCGGCGGCUGUUGAAGAGGGCGGAGGAGCGCCAUCCGGAGCGAAGCCGGCUGUAGGCGGGAAGGUGUUAUUACACACAGGGGAUUAUAGGGGGUAUAGCGUACAAUAUCUAGUGGCUACGGUAGAGAGCGAAGUGCGAGGUGCGAAGGACAACAGUGUAAAGCAGGUACAGAAUGGAUGAGGGCGCGCGAGGAAUGAUCGUCUCGCAUUAUGGUAAAGGGUCACAAUAAAAAGCUGAGUAUAUGCACGGAUAUAUAGGCGGAGGCGGAUGCUCAUGCAAGUGAUCGACCUCCUGAGGGAUGUGAGGGUCUUCGAUCCGGGGUCGGGGCGGGUGCAUGACGGACAGGGGGCUUUGCGGUGCUCUCGAAGGAAAGGCCGGCGGACUGCUGUUCUUGGAACCAGCGACCUAGGUCCUUAUAGGUUUUCGGCGGCUGCACACCGUUGGUUUGAGGCGCCGACGGCGGGAAGAGUGCUUUGUACAGUUCGUCCGCAAUAUACAUGAUGUGGGGAUCGGAGGCAGCCUCAGUUUGCGGUACCAGUUCGGUCCUGACCUCAGGUUCCAGCUCGUCUUCCGACUCGAGCUCAUCCUCGAACUCUUCCUUAACUGCGGGUUUCCCCCAGCUAGUCUCGACGACCGGCGACGUUGGCGUAGAAAGGGGCUCGGGUGAUAUAGACGAGUCCGGCGUAGGGAGUUGCGAGUGCAUGAUCGGCGGAUCUCCUCGGCGCAUGCGAGCAAGCCUGAGGUCGGCAUACGUGAUGAUGUCAUUGAGCUGCACGUUGCUGCCUAGUCGUGACGCCCAUAUCUUUGCGACAUCCAAGGGAGGCGAGGGAGUGUCGUCGAGCAGGAUAUCCAGUUUUGGCAAUAUCGACGGAUCGGUGAUAAGCGAAGGGUACAAUAUUUGCGCGGUGUUGAGGGAGGGUUUCCUCUCUGGCAACGGCAGCCGCGGCGGCUGUUUCGCGUGCUUUGGUGGAGGGUGGGCCGCCCGCGGUUGGUCGGAGGCCGGAAGUGACUUCUUCGUCAUGCCCUGGUUCGUGCGCUUGCCCGCAAAAUAUGCAUUCAUCUUUUCCUGUGUGUAGUCCUCGCCGCCCGGGAUCUUUUUGACUUGUUCCACGAAUGCGAUACGCUCCGCUUUCGUAGGGUACGCGGUGACAUUUUCGUAGAAUUGGGUGAGGAGGUCGUAUACUUCUUGGGGAUACCGGCGUCGCGGAACACGACGAGCGCCCGAACUAGCGCUGGCGC